AUGAAGCGUUUGAUACAGAGAAAGUCAAUGAAUACGAAUAUCCCCAUGAAAGAUAAAAACAGCAAAGAGACUGUAAAUAUAUACGAUAAAAAAGGCCAGGCAGUUCCUGGGUUUAUAUAUAAAAAGAGUGAAACAACAUUGCAAGAUGGAAACAUAUAUAGACACAGAAAGUGCCUAAGCUCUUUAGAUAUAAUUAGUUACAUAAUAGCAGUUGGUGGAAUCUCAGUACUAUAUAUUCUAUCUGGUAUUUUAUGUAUUUUUAUAGUAAAUAUUACAUUCUUGGUAAAAUUACAGCAUAUGUCCAUUAAAGAAGACGCAGCUCCCAUGCACAUAUUCAUUUCUAUUAUGAGAACUCUUACGUACAUUAUUACGAUUUUUGUACUUUUAUUCUUUAAAAAGAGACAGUUUAGGUCUUUCCAAGAUAUGUUUAUAGAGAAGAAUAGUACAUUAAUUACAGCUAUAAUAUGCAUUGUUGCAUUAAUAGUGAGAUAUUUCCUGACAGUAAGACAAACUCUUCUAUUAAAUAUGUACAUUCCACAAUUUGGUGGCUUCUAUAUAAUUUCUACUAUAUGCACGGUUUUAACCAUGUGGCUAUGCAUUAAAUCAAAAUACAAAAGAACAUACAUAUACAUAUCACUGUUAAACUGUGUGGUGCACAUGAAUAUGGCAAUAGUUAUUAACAAAAUAAUAUAUACUUCAAUUUUCAUGCUUGACAAUACACAAACUAUCGAGCACUCUUGA